AUGAGUGUAAAGGUUACUGAUAAGACUGUUACCGCUGACGCAUACCGCUAUAAAUCAACUGUGUCCUCGCAAUAUGACGAUGAAAAUAGCCAUGAAAAAAAUACGCCAACUCCAUGGUGGUAUAAAUUUUGCUUACAAUGCCACCAAGCGGAUCCAACGCCGUCGUGGCAACCUUCAUGGUGGGACAAACUGUUUCCUUUUCCGAUUUUUCCUACUUACAGACAAUCCGCUCAGCGACUGUGUAUAAUUUUUUUCUUCUUACUCGUCUGGGGUAUUUUAUACGCUGAAAUGGGCGAAACUGUGAGCUUAAACAGCGAGUUGUUAAGUAUGACAAUUCUAGUGAUAGCCGCGUACUUAAUUGGAUGGAUUUGGUUAAAAGUAACAACACUACCUGCCCUCAUUGGAAUGUUACUUACUGGAAUACUAUGCAAAAACUUAAAUUUAGUCCAUAUGACUGAUGAUUAUCGAAAACUUAAUCAAGAUCUCAGGAAAGUUGCUUUAGUAAUCAUUUUAACUAGAGCUGGUCUCGGUCUUGACGCUGGUGUACUUAAAAAACAUUAUGUAGCAGUUUUACAACUUGGUCUUAUACCUUGGGUAGUCGAAUGCUUAGCUAUUGCUGUUACCACUUACUUUUUAUUAGGGUUACCGUGGAUGUGGGCAUUUUUAUUGGGUUCGAUGAUAGCUUCGGUUUCACCGGCUGUAGUGGUGCCAUGUUUGUUUAGGUUGCGCGACGCUGGUUAUGGUGUCUCUAAAGGAAUACCUACAUUGUUGUUGGCUGCAGCUGCCAUAGAUGAUUCUGUUAGUGUUGCGGUAUUUUCAAUCAUACUUAAUGCAAUGUUCUCAACCGGCUCAAUGACUUUCAAUAUUAUAAAGGGUCCGCUUUCAAUAGUAGUCGGUGUGGUUCUUGGAUCACUUUGGGGCGCUUUAACGUCUAUUCUUCCGGAAAGAGGAGAUAUAUACGUAGUUCCUUUAAGAUUUCUAGCUCUGUUUUUGGGUGGUUUGUUUUCAUUAUUCAUAUCGAAUUUGAUUGGAUGGAGCGGUGCAGGUCCUUUAGCAAUAGUAUCAUCUGGUUUUGUUGCUGCAUACUACUGGGAGAAGCAAGGUUGGCCUGUUAAUAAAAACCCAGUUAGCAACAUCUUUAGGAUUCUUUGGAUAUUUUUUGAACCAAUACUUUUUGCAUUUACUGGUGCUCAAGUUACAGUUAGUGCCUUAGAUCCUCAAGUUAUAGGAAUGGGCGCAAUAUGUCUUGUGUCAUGUCUCAUAUUACGUGUAAUUGUAACGUUUUUUGUGAGUUUUGGUUGUGGACUCAAUAGCAAAGAAAAACUCUUUAUUGGCCUAACUUGGUUAGCUAAAGCCACAGUUCAGGCAGCGUUGGGUCCAGCAGCGUUAGAUUUAGUUCAUAAUGGUCAGACAGCUGGAAAUCCAGUAAUGGAUGAAGAGCGAUAUGCGAAAGCAAUCCUUGCCAUAAGUGUCCUCAGUGUAGUAAUAUCUGCUCCAAUUGGUGCCAUUCUUAUAGCACUAACCGGACCUCGCUUACUCUUUCGUGAUUCCCUAACUAAUGACACGCCUAUCGAUUACGAAAGUAAUGUGGAUAGAAAUACAUCAUUAUAAUAAACACAAAUGAAAGUU